AUGGCGGGAAAGGACGACAACAACAAUGGGCCGUUGAUGCCAUAUGAGGCUAUUAUCGUGCUCUGUCUCGUUGGCGCCGGCGGACUGAUAUUAUGUAUCUGGGCCGUCGGCAGGCACUUCACCAGCGAGUCUGACCCAGAAAGGCCUGAUAAUAUCGGCGCGGAUGGCUACACACAGGCGCAGUAUAUGCGCAUCGUGCGGAUCCGGAAUCAGGAGGACUUGCAGCGCAAGUAUGGACAUCUGACAGGAUACCAGCCUCAGCCAAAACCAAUGGCAAUUUCCAGUGUGUCCUCGUACUGA